CUCUCCAACAGACACAGGCAACCGGCCACACCCCCCCUCCCUCCACUCUCACACAGACCCAUCCACACCUCGCCACCGAGCCGCCCCACUCAUUCAUUCACUCCCUCGCUCCCUAGCUCUCGCUCCGCUCGCCCGCCGCAUCGCUCUCGCGCUCUCUCUCCUCCCCCCCCCCCACCGCCCCUGUUCUCUGCCUCCAGUGUUCCCCUUCGCCUCACACCCUCCCUCCCUCCCUGCCUGCCGCCCGCUGCUGUGUUCGGAGCGCGAUGGCCACCGCCAUGUGGAGAAUGAAUGGAGCCGGGGAGAAGAUGUCUGGUGCAGCGCUGCUGCUGCUGGGAGCUCUGCUGCUCAACAAUGGUUUGAUGUGUCUAGGGGACGAAACAGAGGCUCCCACGGUGAUGGAUGCCUCCUUGGAUGCUACCACAGGAGCCCCAGACAGCCCGGCCCCAGUGGUCCCAGAGGCCACCUCUGAGACCCCCGUCCGGGCUGACGCCACGACCGGCGCGGUCACCGGGCCGCCGCUGGCCGUCUCCGUCAUCACCGACGUCGGCAGCCUGCUGGAGGUGGCGGCCCAGGAGACCGGCAAGAGCACCCCGGAGCCCGCCGCAGUCCCGUCAGACGCCACCGACGCCCCGGCCGCCCCGACGGACCUCGAGACGAAGGCCCCCGAGACGAAGGCCCCCCUGAAGCUGGUGGUGCCCGUGGUCAACUGUGUGGUGAAGGAGGGCAUCAAAGCCGAACACGUCAAGGCUGUCGUGACUACCAGCACCUGUGAGGAAACGAUGGUGGCCCUGCGGGCAGCUCCUGCAGCCUGGUGCGCAGCAGAGGUCUGCCGUCUGGACGUCUCCCAGGACGGCAACACCAUCCUGGUGGCCAGCCCCGACGCUACACCUAGUGUUAUUAAAGCGGCUCUUCAGGGUGAGAAGAUCAAAGAGUCGUUGGGCGUGUCGGGGGUGGAGUCCAGCUCGUCGGGCCCCGGGGCCUCGGUGUUCGUGGGGGUCCUGCUCACCGGCCUGCUGGUGGCCGCCGGACUCAUCGGAGGCUACUGCUUCAAGAACCGCCGCACCCCCGGAGACAAGGGCACCCGACUGGCGGAGGAGGCCUACCCGGUGGACGUGGAGAACCAGGGCAACACGCUGGUGUCCGUGGCCCCCCUAAACCCCCCUCCCGAGACCCAGGAGCCCGCCGAGACCACCGAGAUCCCGGAGCCCAAGGAGCCGGCGGAGGUCCCGGAGAAGCCCAUCGAGAACGGAGAGGCCCCCGAGGAGGUGAAGGUGGACCCCCCGCCGCCCACCAACGGCACCUCCACCGCCGCCAAGACAGCGGACACUGAGCUGUAACAACACUAAACCACCAUAGGGUAGACACCCCUACCCCGAAAAACACACACACACACACACACACACACACACACACACACACACACAUACACACGCACACAGACACACAGACACACAGACACACACACACACACACACACACACACACACAAACACACACACGCACACACACACACACACACACACACACACACACACACACACACACACACACACACACACACACACAUGCAAAAUGUCCACCUCCCCAUCCCGUCCACUCUCUCCGAGAUUCCCGACACCAACCCUCUUUCCACUGGAGGAACACAAGAGCUAGGAGCACAGUGGACAUGCUAAACUUGAACCAUCCUUCACCCCCUCCCUCCCUCCCUCCCCCCAACCCCAAUCAUUCUGUCAGGGCCUCUCCUCCCCCUAUCGUGUAACCAGCCCUGCUACUAAACCCGCCGUCCUCCUCACAGAAGACGUUAAGCCACAAAGGAAUUGAGUUGAUUGCGUUCUGGGUUCAGCAUUCUGGGGUCGCUGGCGUUGUGUGGCUGGGUGUGUGACUGGCUGUGUUUUUACGAGGGUUAUUAAGAAUGAUGACACCGGCCUCAGGAGUCACUGUGUCUCUCUCUGUCCACGCCCAAUACAAGCGGUCCCUCGGCACUUCGUCAGCCUUAACUCGUUGGCCACACCUUCUUCUAUCCAUAACGCAAGCACAAUUUUCUUAAUAACCCCCCCCCCCGCGCCCCCCCUUCCCCGCCCUGGUUGAGUGGAAGGGCAGAGGCCUGGACAACCAACCCCUCUGAAAGUAUUCUUUAGGGCUCUGACCUUAGACUAGAGUUGUGAUGUGAUGUGUGUCUGUGUCUGUACGCAAAUCAGUAUACCCAUGGGUCAUGCAGUGGUACAUUCCAAAUAAAGGUGUGGGUGUGUGUGCUCAUGUGUGCGUGUAUGUGUGUGUGUCUUUUGUGUACGUGUGCGUUAUGUGAGACAGAGAGAGACAGUGAGAGAAAGGAAGAGUGAAUGUCUUUUUUGUAUCUAUACUGGCAUGGUAUGUAUGUAUCCUUAUACAUCAACAUUGUUUCCAUAUCCCCAUUUGUGCUCCGUUUGACAUUUCCUUUCGGGUACCGUGCCCGGAUGUGCAUCGCAUGACAGUAGCACAACAAAGCCGUACAGAUGUGUACAACCAGUUGACAAAGUGAUGGUAAGAAGCCACGGGGGCUUUAAUCCCAACGCAACAUGAAGACCCUACAAUCACCCCUCCCACGAGACGCUCUAUGCACCUCAUUACUGCAACAAGACCUGCCAGCCUCUCUGAGACCAGUCUGAUUCAGACAGAAGGUCCACCAGCCUUCUGUCUGUGGCGCCUCGGGCCCCGAGACCGAGUCAGGGGCCCCCCACCCGAGGGAGGGCCGCAUUUUUGUCACUGCUGCCGAAUAUGUUGUCAGUAUUAUAGUUUUUUGAUACCUAUUCUCUCUUUGUAAUAGCGUUUGUUUUUUUGCAGAACAGUGAUGUAAAAUAUGGCGAUUGGACUGUUUUGGAUUCUUUUUCUCGUGCUGUGUACUCACGUGCUUUGUUUUGUGCCAAAUGGUUAUACUUGAUUGCUUUUUGAAUAAAAUAAAAAAAGGAAGAGAGGAACAUUUGGAAUAACCGUUUUGUUUGGCCCCUUCAUAAUGUAAGCCCUGUGACGUAACGAAAAAGAUCAUGGAAAAGGAGACAAUGAACAACAUUUAAUAAAAUCUUUUUUCCAUUUUCCCAAAAAACAAGUCUGUUUUGUCUGUCCGUUUCAAUAACCUUGCGCAAAAAUAAAACUCAUAAACAACCAAGAAACAAAUGAACACAACUUGUUUAUCUG